AUGAAACCAAAUCACCCGCAAAAACCUAUAAUAGCCUGCCCUAACUCUACCUCCACCUCCACCUCUAUCCGCGGCGGCGCUUCUUCGGCUACAACUGGACCUGCGCUUAACAGCUUUACCUCUGAUGUGACUGGAAAAGGGAAGAACAUGUGGGAUGAGUUUGAUGAUCAAGAUGCCGGCGUUGAUGAGCUGUUGGCAGUGUUGGGAUACAAAGUUAAGUCGUCUGAUAUGGUUGAUGUUGCUCAGAAGAUUGAGCAUCUCGAAGGAGUUUUGGGGAACGAUGAUGGGCUGUCUCAAAUUGCUUCCGAUUCCGUUCAUUAUAAUCCUUCUGAUCUCUCGUCGUGGCUUGAAUCCAUGAUUUGUGAGCUUAAUCCCACAACUGAAGCACCAAUGAUUGACGAUUCGUUUAUGAACACCAGCUCAGCUAGCGCCGGUGCCGCUGCUCCCUCGCCUGGUUUAACAUCUGUUUUUGUGGACGAUCUGCAAGCGAUACCCGGGAACGCGAUUUAUCCUCCGGCGAAAAAAGCAAAACAUUCUCCUUCGUCUUCAUCGGGUGCCACAUCCGCCUCGUCUUCGUAUAACUCGAAGCCUAAUCCCAACUCGAAUUCGGUGGUGCUUGUGGAUUCACAAGAAAAUGGGAUCCGGCUUGUGCAUACUUUAAUGGCGUGCGCUGAAGCUAUUCAACAAGAGAAUCUCUCUCUCGCUGAAAACUUGGUUAAACAAGCCGGGAUGUUGGCUGUGUCUCAAGCUGGCGCCAUGAGGAAAGUCGCUACUUAUUUCGCCGAGGCACUUGCCCGGCGAAUUUACCGGUUAGCCCCACAGACAACGCAGGAGUCUCCGGCGUUUCAAGAUCUUCUACAGAUGCAUUUUUACGAGACGUGUCCGUACCUCAAAUUCGCACACUUCACGGCGAAUCAAGCAAUAUUAGAAGCUUUCGCAGGGAAGAAGAAAGUUCAUGUGAUUGAUUUCAGUAUGAAACAAGGGAUGCAGUGGCCGGCGUUGAUGCAAGCUUUGGCUCUAAGACCCGGUGGUCCUCCAACGUUCCGCUUAACUGGAAUCGGGCCUCCCUCCGGUGACAAUACCGACCAUUUGCAGGAAGUGGGUUGGAAAUUGGCUCAAUUAGCUGAUACAAUCCACGUUGAGUUUGAAUACAGGGGAUUCGUCGCCGAGAGCUUGGCGGAUCUUGAACCGGCGAUGCUUGAUUUAAGAGACGACGAGGUGGUCGCCGUUAACUCGGUUUUUGAGCUUCAUCAACUGUUAGCUAGACCAGGGGCGGUCGAGAAGGUUCUAUCGGCGGUUAAGGAAAUGAAACCGGUGAUUUUAACGGUGGUGGAGCAGGAAGCGAAUCAUAACGGUGGCACCGGCGGCGGAGGCGUUGAAGGCGGUGCUAUUUCUCCGGCGAGCAACCAAGAUAAAAUCAUGUCGGAAGUGUAUCUUGGAAAGCAGAUCUGUAACGUGGUUGCAUGCGAAGGACCAGACCGAGUCGAAAGGCACGAAACAUUGACUCAGUGGAAGGCUCGACUUGACUCAUCCGGUUUUGAAGCGGUUCAUCUCGGCUCCAACGCGUUCAAGCAAGCCAGCAUGUUGUUGGCUCUAUUCGCCGGCGGCGACGGCUACCGAGUUGAAGAAAACAACGGUUGUUUGAUGCUGGGUUGGCACACUAGGCCACUAAUCACCACCUCCGCUUGGAAACUCCGGUGA